UGCUUUCGGCACGUGAGAUGUCGGGUCUGGUGGCCGCAAGCCCUGCGCCUUCUGAGUCGCAGAAGAAGCCUCUGAAGCCCUGCUGUGCCUGCCCGGAGACCAAGAAGGCGCGCGAUGCGUGUAUCAUCGAAAAAGGAGAAGAACACUGUGGACACCUAAUUGAGGCCCACAAGGAGUGCAUGAGAGCCCUGGGAUUUAAGAUAUGAAAUGGUGGUCUGCUCUGUGAAUGAAUAAUUCCUGAAGAAUGAAGAACAUUAAAAAAUUUUGUAAAUUCUUCAGUGAACUUUAAUAAAUGGAAAAAGUAUUUGUAAUUUAUUUUUAAAAA